UCCAAUUUGUUAUUAUUAUGACAUAUCCUUAGCCUCACUUCCACAGAUAUCAAAAAUAUUUAUAAUUUUUCGGAAUUCGUUCAUUAUGGCAUUAUCUUUUCAUUUUAAUCAGCCAGAAAAAUUAUGUAGGGCUUGUCUGAAAGAAGGGUUGGAGUUCAUUUCUUUGCGGAAUGACUUAAAAAUAAUUUUUAAUACUUGUACAGGUAUCUUGAUUGACGAAAACGAUAAAUUGCCCAACAGCCUCUGCAUAGAUUGUCAUUCAGAAAUAAUAAGGAAUUACAACUUUCGAGAACUAUGUAGGAAAUCAGAUGCAAUAUUGCAUGAAAAUUUGAAGUAUAAAUUGGAUGACUUUGUUAUCAACAUUCAGGAUAUAGUGGACGAAUGUUUAUCUGAAGAUAUUGUAAUGCUAAAAAUAGAUGGAGAUCCAAUAGUUACAUCUCAUGAUAUCUCAAAUAUCACUGAAAAUAUUAACAGUAGUACAGAUUUUCUUAAUCAAACAUAUAACGAAUUACCAGAACAAGAAAUCACUUUGACAAAGCAACUUACAGAAUUGAAGAAUGUAUCACAUGAAGAGAGUUCUCAUGCUCCAAAUAUACAAAAUAAUUCCAAUGAGCAAGCCACAGAAAAAGUAGGAACUCGUAAAGUUGCUCGUAACCAAAAGAACAAUUUUUCACACAUCUGCCCAAUAUGUAGAGAAGGGUUUUAUUCCCAAAAUGACCUUAAUAUUCACAAUAUAGCCCAUCCAGAUGAUGAUGAGUCUUUUUGUACCUUAUGCAAGAAAACUUGUAUUGACUUAAAGGCUCUAAGAAGGCAUGUGAGAAUUCACAUGGAACAAAAAAAAUUUCCAUGUCAGUUCUGCAGCAAGACUUUUUCUGAGUCUGGAAGUCUUACAAGACAUGUUAGAAAGCAUAAUGGAGAGAAAAAACAUUUCUGUUCAUCAUGUGGAAAAGGCUUCUAUGAAUCUGGUAGGUUAAAAGAGCACAUGAGAAUGCACUCUGGGGAGAAGCCUGUGCAAUGUGAUAGAUGUUUAAAAUCUUUUGCAACAAUGAAUGGCCUGAAAAGCCAUAUGAAAUCUCAUACAGAUGAAAGGAAAUAUGUGUGUGAUAUAUGUAACAAGUCUUUUCAACAUUCCUUUGUUUUAACCAAACAUUUGAGGGUUCAUAGUGGAGAAAAGCCAUAUAGCUGUAAAAUCUGUGGUAGGUCUUUCUCUCAGAGUCACUAUGUUACCAUUCACAUGAGACAGCAUACAGGUGAAUUACCUUAUACCUGUGAAGUUUGUUCUAAAGGAUUUACCCAGAAUCAUCAUUUGGAAAUACAUUCACGAGUUCAUUCCGGAUAUAAACCUUAUAUUUGUGCAACCUGUGGAAAAUCCUUUGCUCGUUCUGGAGACCUACACAAGCACAAUCGUAUCCAUACUGGAGAAAAACCUUUUGUGUGUGGCUUAUGUCCAAAAAGUUAUGUGACAUCCAGCCAUUUGAAGGUACAUAUGAGAAUGCAUAAUAAUGAAAGGAAUUUUGUCUGCACCCAUUGUGGUUCAAGUUUCUUCGAAAAACGAACAUUGAGAGUUCACUUACGAAAACAUACAGGAGAGCAACCUUACAAAUGCACAAUAUGCAAUAAAUCAUUUUCUCAAUCUGGAGCACUGAGUGUUCAUAGGAAGAAACAUAGUAUAUCAUCUUCAGAGCCUGGGAUAGACAACCACCCUACUGUUAUAAAUAAUUUAUAAAUAGUAAUUGUAAUACAUUUAUUUUUUAAGUGUGUAAUUUAUUGUUGAUCUACUUACUACUGUCAAUUUUCAUGUGACCAGUCAAUUUAAAAAGAUUAUUACAUAUCUUAAUAUGUAUAUGACAAUAAAUAUAUGUUCUUUCCGAUCAAUGUAAAA